AUGGCCUCUCCUUCGCUCGACAAGUUUCCACAAGAGUUACUCUGGCUCAUCUUCGACCUGCUAGACGUAAAGACGCUGGGAAUCCUGCGCGGCGUGUGUCAGGAACUGAAGACCAGGACCAAUGUACUCUGGCAGUGCCACCAGCUGUCUCCACUGUUCGUGCGCCUAAACCCCGACAAUCCAACGCGUGUGCACCUGCGUCCACUGCCUGAGUGGUUCAAGUGCCGAGCCCAAGUCCGGGAAUACCAAGCCCUGCAGGCCAGCCGGCACCUGGUUUUCCAACUGCCUUGGGCCAAGUUUGUGUGCAAUGGUGAGGAGCUGUAUUACUUGAAUUGCUCGAUCAUCGAGGCCGGCCUGCUGGCUUUGGGCCGGAAUCUGAUCGACCGCAACGACCACGUCGAUCGGACCGCGCUGCAUUCGCUGACGUUCUUUGCUUCGAGCCUGCAGGAGGCUACAUAA